AUGGAUACUUUGGGAUAUGAAAUAAAUAUAAAUCUGAAUGAUGCAAGGCAAUAUGCUAUACUGCCAGCGAGCGCUGAAAAUCCGCAGAACAUCAGUUCUGAGGCAAUGACACACCCACCACCGUUUAUGUGUACAGUCCGAGAAAUGCGAGAAAGAUAUAUGACGCGCAUAGAAAAUAUUCAAGAUCAAAAAGGAAACAAUAAGAACAUGAAAAAGAUUGUGCAAAAAUGGAAAACGGAGAACAAAAACAAGUUUGGAACUAAAGUGGUAAGGGAAAUGAUGAGGAGAGACAUUUAGCGAUUUUCAGCUAUUGUUCCGUGAUAAAUAUCUAAGUGAAAAACUGAAUAAUGUUGUUUUCAUUUAUUUCUGAGAAAUUAUGAAAUGGUUGCACAAUUGCCUGAGAACUGUUUUGACUUGGUCCUAUGAAUUGAAAAAAAAUUUCUUGCGGGAGAGUUACCUUAUGCCAGUAAAGCUCCGACAAUAACCCAGAGUUUUUUCAAGUUUUUGAAUGGAAAAAAUCCGGAAGAGUCGUAUGAAUUACUCAGAUCUGUUCGGGAUGGCGAAAAGACAUCAACAGAGUUGAACUAUAUUCCGACAGGAAAGGUUGUAUUAUUUACAUAUAGUUACUAUACUUGUGACAGUUGUGUGUUAUUUAUAUUGUUUUAUUCGUACCGUUCACACACUUCAUGUAUUAACAGCAUUGUCCUUCAUUAGAAAUGCUCUACUAACUCAGAGACAGGCGAAGCUCAAAAAGAAAUAGAACAGGUAACAUAAAACCUAAUUAACACUAAUAAAUUAUUUUGUCAGCUACACUCGAGUUUUAGCUGAUCUUUUUUUUGAGAUUUUAACUUAUAACUCUGUGAUCAAAUGUUUGAAUUCAGUUAAAGGAGACCGUUGUGGCACAGCGAAAUCAGCUCAAAAAAUUUGAAAUACUGGAAAACAAAUACUCCAAGGUAUAUAAUUAGGUGAUACGAUAGUCAUGAAUAAUUGCCCGAUUCAUAUACCAAGUAACCAAGGUAGCUUUUAUACUUGAUUUCAUGCAGGUAUACACUUCUCACGUAUAUAUAUAUAUAUAUAUAUAUAUAUAUAUAUAUAUAUAUAUAUAUACUCGACUCAUGAUGUCGUUGUUUUUCACUUUUUGUCUCUUAGUUGGCUGAGGAAAAUAAGCAAUUGAAAGAAACGUCAAAAAAGCUCAAUGAGAAAGUGUCAAAAUUAGAGGAUACAAUUCAGAUUCAAAGGCAAAAGCUGAGCGAGGUUUGUAUAUAUGUAUAUGUGUACUUAUAUAGUUCGUAUAUAAUAUAGAUAUAAUUUUUUUCCCCAAUUUGUUCGUGUUUAUAGCUUGCGCAUGACCUUCAACAAAGCGAAUUGUUUGGUAGACAAAUACUAGAUGACGAGAUAUCGUUAAUGGAACGAAAUAACGCCGUAUGUACACAUGCGUUUAUCGUUUUUCUAAACCGAUGCAUUUCUAAUAUAAUAGCAAAAAAUUUCUUCAUAACAAUUUCAAUAUAACAGCAUGAAUUUAAUGUUUUAUAGAAUUUGGAAAGGGAAAGAGUUUCAAAGGCCAAUUUAGAAAGGAAACUGCAGGAACUCAAGAAGAAUAUCAUUUGUGAAGGUGUUGGGGAUGUCACGCUAGUGCAGGUAAGAACGUUUGUGAGAACUGAUAACUUAUACGAUAAAUAAAAUAAAAAGUACAUAUGGUUCUGCUCUUAAGGACGAUGAAAAGGACAAUAAUAAAGACAAAUGUCUCAAAUCUCCGUCCAAAAAUCAACUGCUCCUGGAAAAACGUAAGAAAUCAUCCCUGCAGGACGACAAAAUAGUUCCAAAUACCGCAGCCUUGCUAUAUGAAGUAAGUUUGACAUUGGAUUUACGGCCUACAUGCAGAUGCACGUGUAUACGUAUGCAUGCACGAGGGCAAAAAAACAUAGGAUUGUUUUUAUCUCAUUUUUGUAUUACAAACAACCGACAUACUAUAUAUCAACCAACUAUUUGAACUUUUUAAUUAUAUAGAGUGACCCUCUUCAGUAUUAAGACCCUCCAUACUUGAAUUAUAUUUUGGAAUAUUAAUCAAAGUGACUUUAAAUCAUUUUUAGAAUGAUACUUCAGAAGUAAAAGAAAACGCUAAUGAAGACAAGUGGUCGCCUCUAAAAAUGACGACGAUGUAUUGCGAAAACAUGGAAAUAUACAAGGUAAGAAAUAUAUUGAAAGCAUACUUGUAUGUUGCUGUACUUGUACACGUGUAAUCUAACAGUUUACAAAUAUUAUACUCUUUUAUAAUAUAGCAUUUGUAAAUUCUGAACGCUGAUUGGCUAAGAGCCGUGUUGAUAUAACUCAAUGUCAACACGGAAACGUCGGAAAAGAUUUCUCUCUUUAUAUUUCUUUGUGCUAUAUUAUAAAACAAAUUUUUUUAUUAUAAAACAUUUUUUCCGUAUUGAUAUAUAGUUAUAUCAACACUCGUGGAAAUUGUGAAAACCCGAAAAUUCCACAUAAUUUCUCGUUUUCCCAAUUUCCACUCGUGUUGAUAUAACUGUAUAUCUACACGGAAAAUGUUUUAUAUUUGUUAAAUAUCAACUGAAUACUAUUUUUAAUUUGUAAGUAUUCAUGCUUUCGUUUUAGCCUUUUAAUGACAGUUGUUGGGCAACUCCCGAAAAAGUAGCUGUUAAUGAAAAUGUGAUUGAAGUAAGUUUGAAAAUUCCCAUUUCGGAUCUAUAUAUUCCCAUUUGUACACCCCCGACCCCGUCGAUACAUGGGUUGAAGCUGGACAUGAAACAAGCCCGUGUUUAUAGCCAGGGCCAGGCUCUUGUAGUUCGCCUAUAUUUCCAAUUUCUACAUAUAAACGACUGACUGAAAUUCUUCUAGACGGAAACAGAAAACAUAUAUGAACCAAUUGACACGCCAAACAAACAGGAGAUAAUAAAAAAUGCGGCGGUAAAUAUAAUAAAUGCAAAUGAAUGUUAUUUAAACACAAACUAGCUAAUGAGGCAGGACUUAAUUUAGGACUCUAUUUGUCCUCUUGUCUGAGCCUACAAUUGUUAUUGUAAAAUUAAUAAUAAAAAAUAACAUUUUCGUAGUCCAUUGGUAACCUGGGUGGGAAAAGUAAAUCAACACUGGAAAAUAAGAGAAAAGUUGAAAAAGAGGUAAGAAAUGAACAACGUUAUUAUAAGAGCUGUUUCCAUAAAAAUGCGUACUGAUUACUGAAAGUCAAUUUUUCCCUUCUCAGGGUGACAAUAUUCCUACUAAGAAGAAAAAGCAUGUGGAAUUGACAUCUUGUGAGCAGGUAUACAAAUAGUGUGUUUUGUAAUAAUAGCAUAACUAACAAGUCCCAAAAAUGAAACGACGAAAAUUCCUCCAUGUAAUUAGAUGUAAGUAGCUAACGCCACUGGCCACUGUUACUAUAGCAACGAUGUCUACAACAAUUAUCUUAGCAUUUUCGUUUCCAAAAUAUUGCUUCAUAAAAUUCAGGAAAGUGGCUGUCAAUUUCAAUUAAUCAAUCAUUCUUCAAAAUAAUUUUGUAAAAUUGCUAUAGUUUUUAGUAGGCAUUCUAAACUAAUCUUAUAUUACAUUUUAUUUAGAAUUUAAAGAAAUAUUCAUGGGUGGCUAUUGCAUUUGAACAAGAUUUUUAUAUCGGAAGAAUAAGAGAAGUUCAAGAUGACGUAGAUGGCGAGAAACUUGACAUUGAAUUUGUACAGAAAUGGGAUGGUCGGUAUCGUUGGCUGACGAGAAAAGACGAAGCGGUGGUGGAAAGAAGGUUUGUUCUGUCUGUGGUGGAGAUGAGGGCGUCAGGUCAAUCAGGAAAGCAUUUCAUGCUUCAUCAGCCGACCGAAAAAGACCUAAGGAAACAACACAAGGAAUAUUGCCGAAAUUUCUUUGUUGGGGAAGGCAGUUCGGCUGAUUGCGAAUAUCUUAAGACGGUUUCCACACCGACACCAGUUAAAGAGUUUUGUCCCAUCGACAAGAAAUGGCAAACCGAGAAGUGUUCUCAACUUGGUGUCGAGUUGAUUUCCCCAAUCCCAUCAAAGCCCAAACAAAAAAUGACAAUCUCAAGCAAACCUGAAACAAUAGUUGAAGUCGUUCCCGAUGGUAACUGCUUUUUUCGAUCCAUUUGCUACUGGCUGACGGGUGCCAUGGAGCAACACCAUAACAUCCGUUCAGCCGUAGUAUCCUUUAUGAAAGAGAAAUGGUCGGAGCAUGGGAAACGGAUUGUUGGGAAAGAUUAUGAAAACUACAUAAAAAAAUUUCGGAUGAAUGAAGAAGGAACCUGGGCUACUGAAAAUGAAAUAUUUGCAACCGCCGACCUCCUGGAAACAACGAUCAUGAUAUUCACUAAAGGCACGAAAGAGCAUGAAUGGGUAACACACAACCCAAGCAGAGUUAAUUCCGUCAAAAAACUGUAUUUAAAAAAUGAAUGUAAUCAUUAUGAACCUGUAACUAAACUGUCUAAAUAA